AUGUACGUAUACUACCUACCUGCUACCGCAUGUAUAGCGACUCCUGCGAUUCCUUCGCUUGUUGAAGAGCCUGUGGAUACAGUGGCUAGUUACAAUGGUGUGGAUGGUUUGAUUCUAUCUGCUACUCUUCGCUGUCAGGGCAACCCUAGAGCGUUAGAGAUUAGUUGGUACAAAGAUGAUCAGGAGAUAAAUAUGGCAGGAAUUCCAUAUUUCAAUGUCAGUGAUGGAUGGCUGACAGUUGGAACUAGAGACAAGAGUGAUGAUGAUUUAGCUGCUUUGGAAGGAUUCUAUUUUUGUACUGUGAGCAACAGUCUAGGAACUGUGAGAAGCAGAAAAGCUCUCAUCAAAGGGGAGAAGGUGAAAGACUUCACUCGUGGCAACUCAGCUAAUUACUACCUGAAUGAAAGUGUAGUUUUGUUACAACAUCGUGUCUUGAAGCUGCCCGUUCCUGAUUCAUCGAUAUCGCACUUAUGGACUGUAACAUGUAAUAGCAAGUCUGUGGAUUGCUCAAGCGUCGAUUGUCCAUUCUGGCAACAUUCUUCUACAUCUGGUCGUCUCCUGGUUUCGUCAGUGUUGCGUUUUAAUUACAAUGAAAUGAAAACACAGAUUACAGGAUGUGACACUAGUUCAUCAAUUAGGAUAAAGUCAUUGCAAUCUGAGCUUCUUAAAUUCACCUUUAAUGGUGCUUUUAAACCCAAAGCACAUAUCAAGAGUCAGACUGUAUCUGUUGCGGCUGGAAAUAUUGCUACUCUCUAUUGUCUAUCCGGGGAUCCCAACAGCAGAUAUACAUGGACUCAUAAUGGUUCUAAUAUAAAUAUCAGCAGUGACAACAGAUACUCACUUAUUGAAGAUGGUAUACUGAAAAUAACGGGAGUUGUUGAUAAAGACAGUGGACAAUACAAAUGUCAAUACAAUUUUCCAACGUUUUUAAAUAGUGGCCAAACCAGGACGACAUCUGCUAAUCUGAUAGUAUAUUCUUUGCCCACAGUUAAUUUUAAAUUGACUGCUACAGAAAGCGACAAGAUGGACAAGUAUGGUAAAAGUUGCAGCAGUGAAAACAGUUCUACUAUGGUUUGCGAUCUGACGUCUUCCAAAUCAGUAAACAUAACUUGUGUUGCACAAGGACCUACUCCUCUUGCAGUCCAACUCAUCAACAACGGGCAAGUGCUGCAACAUGAAAGCAACACUAAUUAUGUGCAGCACACGAUUGACAAACCAUCAGCAGGAAUAUACCAAUGCAUGGCAAGCAAUGAGUAUGGCAAUCGACAGACUACCAUUUAUGUUUCUCUACCAGGUAUGUAG